GCAGUCAUGGCUUUCCUGUGCAGACGUGUGGCCGUCCUUCUGAGCCCCCCCAGAGCGGGGCCGGCUCUGCUGUCCGCGGCACGCCUCUACAGCUCAGGGGGUCAGUACGAGUACAUUUUGGUGGAAAAGCUAGGGGAGAAGAGCAACGUUGGUUUCAUCCAGCUGAACCGACCCAAGGCUCUCAACGCUCUGUGCGACGGGCUGAUGAGGGAGGUGGGACAGGCCCUGGACGCCUUCGAAGCCGACACAGACGUGGGCGCCAUCGUCAUCACCGGCAGCGACAGGGCCUUCGCUGCCGGAGCAGACAUUAAAGAGAUGCAGAAUCGAACCUUCCAGGAGUGCUAUGGCGGGAAUUUCCUGGCUCACUGGAACAGAGUCUCAACCGUGAAGAAACCCGUCAUCGCGGCGGUCAAUGGAUUUGCUCUGGGUGGAGGUUGUGAGUUCGCCAUGAUGUGUGACAUCAUCUACGCUGGGGAGAAGGCACAGUUUGGCCAACCAGAGAUCCUGCUGGGGACCAUUCCCGGGGCGGGCGGCACCCAGCGGCUGACGCGCGCAGUCGGCAAAUCCCUGGCAAUGGAAAUGGUACUAACCGGAGAUAGAAUUAACGCUCAGGAAGCCAAGCAGUCAGGUUUGGUGAGUAAAAUCUUUCCUGUGGACCAGCUGGUGCCUGAAGCUGUGAAAUGUGGGGAAAAGAUUGCCUCCAACUCAAAGCUGGUUUCUGCUAUGGCUAAAGAGGCUGUUAACGCUGCUUUUGAACUGACCUUGGCUGAGGGAAAUCGCUUGGAAAAACGUUUAUUCCAUGCUACUUUUGCUACGGAUGACCGCAAAGAAGGCAUGACUGCCUUUGUGGAGAAGAGAAAAGCCAGUUUCCAAGACAAUUAG